UUGUUGGGCUGAACAACCGCGCACACACUCGCGAGCCACACGUGACGGGGCUCGUCAUAGUUCACGCUGUCACUCGUGGAGACUGAGUCGAGGCUGACAGUGUAUGUUGCGUGCUGUUGUUGAUUUGAUUGUGCCAAGUAACCGGAGAGCUCAGCAUGGCUGCUUUAAUGGCAGGAUUUGGUCUUUACACGCACGCCAUUGUCCGGGGAAUCCCAGCGUCCCUGGCCAAAGAAGCGCUCCGGACAAGCGAGGCGGAGGUGGACGUCGACAAGGCGCGCGGUGAGCACGACGCGUACGUGGAGGUCCUGAAGACGAGGCUCGGACUGGACGUGGUCGAACUCCCCGCGGAUGAGUCGUUCCCAGACUGCGUGUUCGUGGAGGACGCGGCUGUGGUGUGCGGCGACACGGCGCUCAUCACCAGACCCGGGGCAGAGAGCAGGAGGGGAGAGACGGAGGCAAUGAAAAGAGCUCUGAAGGCUCUGAACCUGAACGUUGUGGAAAUGACUGAUGAAAAUGCCACAUUGGAUGGAGGCGAUGUGCUUUUUACAGGUCGGGAGUUCUUUGUGGGACUUUCCAGUCGGACCAAUCAGAGAGGAGCCGAGAUCUUAGCUGAUGCCUUUAAGGACUACGCUGUGUCCACCGUGCCUGUGCUGGCUUCGCUGCACCUGAAAAGCUUCUGCAGUAUGGGGGGACCCGGCCUUAUUGUCAUCGGCUCCAGUGAACCAGCACAAAAAGCUCUCAAAAUCAUGCAGCAAAUGAGUGACCAUUGCUACGACAAACUGACGGUGCCCGAUGACAUCGCGGCCAACUGCAUCUACAUGAACCUGCCCAAUAAGGGACACGUGCUACUACACUGCACAGCAGAGGAGUUUCCAGAGAGUUUCAAGGUGUUUGAGAAGUUGAAGGACUACACACUGAUCCCCGUGUCCAACAUGGAGAAGGUGAAAGUGGACGGAGCCCUCACGUGCUGCUCCAUACUCAUCAACAAGAAAGGCAGCAUCUGAGGCCGCUCUCGCCGGUCGGUCUUUGAGUGUGGAUGGUGACCAAGCGGAGGCUGAAUCCCAUUCACAGGGGGUUUAAUGGAAUUAUCUUGGUACUUAAAAGUAAGAAAUCAAGUGUUUCCAUUCCCCCCUGAACUUACAUUGAAAUGUCUUACAAAAAAAGAAAAAAAAAAAAGAGUGAUUAUUAUGAAGCAGUUCAUUUAAAAAUAAUAUAUUUCUCUCGACAGGACAGAGGACGUUGUACUAAACUAGUCUUAUCUUACUCUUGAUGAGAAUAUAUUGUCCACAAAUUAGACGAUAACAUAAUUGAGUCAUUUUGAGAGUACAGUCUUUACAACUGAACCUCAACACUGUUAAAAUGUGAUGUUAGUGGAGUAGGAGCAAACAUCCCGUGUGGACAAAAUAGCAUUUUUGAAAGCUCAGUGUAGUUAAAAAAAACGUGGCCUCUGUUUCCGUUUUUCCAGUCUGUGACCACUGCAGGUCGCCAUUCAACUGUACACACACAGGUUGUUGAUAAUGUGUACAUGCAUCAUUUUAACAGUGAUUGGAUUCUCAUGUGUAUUUGGUUGUGUAAUGCGAAUGGAACUUUGUUUUUUUUCUCCAAGUACUGUUUUCCUGAGUGGGAGAAGGGUGGAAAUAAAUCCUUGCUAAUGCUGUGAAAUGAAAA